AUGGAAGGCCUGAAUGUUAUGGUAGCUAACGUGCUUGAUCACAUCUGUUUUGCGUUGAAAAAUUGGGCGUUGGUGGACCAGACCAGACUGUAUACGAUUCAGACCAGACCAAGCUUCACAGGUCAAGCUCAUUCACAGAGACUGAAGCUCGGCUCGCAGAAUCAGCUUUUGGUUUCGUCGAAAGGAAGCAAAACUUCGUUCUACGGCAAUGACUUGGGAUGGUGA